UGUAAUGCCCAGCAAGAUCUUGGCACUAUAUGAGCUCCGUACAGGCAGCCCUGAAUUGUUGCACGAUGUUGGUAAUCACUAAUUUAUCAGCUUAUAUCAGGGUUUCCCACAUCGUUUUGUAACAUCACUGAGGCACAAGGAACCUUAUCUUUCAGAUAUUUAGCGAGGCUCCUCAUGUCAUCUUUAACAAGGGCUUGGAAAAUUUCUUCACAAAUCAAAUGUUUUUGUGAACAUCAAUGAAGAGGACCACUGCUCUGAUUGCUAAAACGGACAUCUCAGAUCGUCUGAAGGCUGAAAUUGAUGGAAUGGUCGCUGAGAUAUUUGACGAUGCGGAGGGCUCGAAGAUGUACGCCGUGCGCUCUUCAGCAGUCGGUGAGGAUACCUCACUUACCUCAGCUGCCGGCCAGAUGGACACAUUCCCUGGAAUUAACGGCAUGGAAAAGCUAUUUGAAGCAAUCCCGGAAUGUUGGGCGUCAAACUUCUCAUUCCAAGCCGUUCAGUAUCGAAGGUAAUAUAUUUUAUACCGAAAUGUAGUCAAUGUAUAUAAAGGCUAAAGCAAAAUACCCCACGUAAAACUUAUGGGAUACACAACGGAAUAGAUAACAUUAACCGCCAGGCUUGCUUACCUCAUCGGCAUUAUGAAUUGAAGUCCGUUCGUCCUUCAUUAUGCUGCUGUUUAAGCUUUUCGUAGGCAGUACGGCCAAGCAGUGAACGCAGCAAUGGCGGUAGUUGUCCGAGAAAUCGUAGCCGCAGAAAGCGCGGGUGUGUUUCGCCAGUCAUGGUGAAUUAUACUGCAUUAUGGCCAUUUCUAACACCGGUUAAGCCAGUCGGGGAGUUUCAUUCUCGAAUAAAUAGCAGCUUGCCUUAACUCAGUACUUACAACGAGGAUGCAUAUUGCAAUAGACGAUUGACAGAGCCGUGACAGCUUCGAGGAAGGGGUUGUGUAGAUCAGUGGGGAGAGAGUUAGAUUGAGAUAGAGAAAAAAUCAAGUUCACUCGGUUAAAGGAAGGCCUCUAUCUGAUUUAUUUUGAGCGAAACAGAAAAAGACAUUGAAUAGGCAUUGUUUAACUACAACUAAAUCUGAGACAAUUUGGUCACA